AUGUUUCGUUUAUCGGCUCGACGAUGCUUCCUUCACACUAGGCCUGUGGGACAGCCCCACAUCAAGUUGCCGACUGCCGGCGAAUUGCAGACUAUCCGGACAGACUUGACCACUAAAGGUUAUGCCACAUUUGGUCAACUUCUUCGCCCACAGGAAGCUAUUACCCUGGGCGAUAAGUUCCCGGCUAUAUUCCGGGGCGAGUUCGAUACUGGAGUAUUUCCAGACGAAUGGCAUUGGCGCGAGGGCAUCUCAAAGGAGUCCGCUCCUCGAGAGAUCGUGAAUGCCUGGAAGUCAGACGACUUGGUGGCAAGCAUUGUCUUGAGCAAGGAGCUUGGGUCACUCGUCAGAGCAAUCACGGGCUGGGAGUCCGUUAGAGUAGCCCAAGACGACUUGUGGUGGAAAGCCCCUUCCACAGCCAACAGCGCCACCAAGGGCCACAUUGACGCGGAAUACUUCAACUUUUUUGCAGACAAUUCUUUGCUAACUCUGUGGAUCGCACUCGACCCCGUCGGGCAGGAUAACUCGCCGUUACAAUACAUCGAGGGGAGUCACCAAUGGUCGGUUGGGAAUGACAGUGGAGAAAUUUUCAAGAAGGGAAGUGAGGUAUCUGGAUCGAUCCUCACCGGUGACGAAGAUGUGUUCGCCAGUUGUCCAUACAAAUAUGAUGGUUUAGUCCGCAGUGUGUCUGUGCCUAGAGGCGGCUGCUCUUUCCACCUUGGCAACACUUGGCACGGUAGUCCGCCUAAUAAGGAUGCCAAGAUGCAUCGACGAUCCCUGGCCAUUCACUACAUACCUGGUAACAACUCCUUCGACCUCAAUGUCAAGACCGGUUACAUUUAUGGCAAGUACAGGAUGUCUGACCAUGAUAGCACGCUUUAUGAUUGCUUCUUCCCGCAAGUUGGGUAG